AGAGCAACAGUUAAUCAUAAGGGAUGGCAUUUACUGGUUAAUGUUUAAAGAUUUUACUCAGCUGAUGCUUGAAAGACUAUAAAUUGACCCAGCUCCAUCGGAGCAGUCUCCUGUCAAGAGGACUUUGAUGGUGAGAAAAUGUGGGGAAAGAUGUAUUGCUGUGUGAUUUCUGCCCUGCUGGUGGCAACGGCCUGGACUGCUCCCCACAACGGCCAUGACGGCCACGACCAUGGCGACCAUUCAGUUGACCACCAUCAUCAUCUCCACCAUGGAAAAGACGAACCCCACCCCAAACACGAGGGGGAUGAUGCAUGCCACCUGCUCGCUCCACACAAUGCCGACUUUGCCUUCGCUCUCUACAAGAAACUCGCUCUCAAUCCCGAAGCUCAGGGCAAGAACAUUUUCUUCUCCCCGGUCGGUAUUGCCAUGGCUUUGAGCAUGCUUGCUGUUGGUGCCAAGGGUAACACUCAUUCACAGAUAUAUAGCAGCCUGGGCUACAGUGGGUUGCAGGCACAGCAGGUCAAUGAAGGCUAUGAGCACUUGAUUCACAUGCUGGGCCACAGUCAGGAUGCCAUGCAAUUGGAGGCAGGUGCUGGUGUGGCUGUCAGAGAAGGUUUCAAAGUGGUUGACAAAUUCUUGAAGGACGUUCAUCACUUUUACAACAGUGAAGCCUUUAGUGUUGACUUUUCCAAGCCUGAGAUUGCUGCACAGGAGAUUAACAAGUUCAUUGCCAAGAAAACCCAUGACAAGAUAACCAAUAUGGUAAAGGAUCUGGACCCAGGCAUGGUGAUGAUGCUGAUCAAUUAUAUGUUCUUCAGAGGAAAAUGGGACAAGCCAUUUGAUGUAGCUCUGACACACAAAGCUGAUUUCAAUGUGGACAAGGACACCAAGGUGCAAGUAGACAUGAUGAAGAGAACUGGUCGCUACGACAUCUAUCAAGACCACGACAACCACACUACAGUCAUGAUGAUACCCUACAAAGGCAACACUUCCAUGAUGAUCAUUCUCCCUGAUGAAGGCAAGAUGAAGGAGGUUGAAGAGUUCAUCUGCAGACACCAUAUUAAGAACUGGCACGAUAAACUCUUCAGAAGCUCUGUGGAUCUGUUUAUGCCCAAGUUCUCCAUCUCUGCAACUUCCAAGUUGAAAACAACUCUGCAGGAUAUGGGAAUGGUCGAUGUGUUCGGUGACAAUGCAGAUUUAUCUGGAAUCACAGAGGAGAUCAAAGUCAAGGUGUCACAGGUUGUCCACAAGGCAGUCCUUAGUGUUGAUGAGAAAGGCACUGAGGCAGCAUCUACAACAACGAUUGAAAUAAUGCCCAUGUCCCUGCCAGACACUGUGAACCUCAACCGGCCGUUCAUGCUGCUAAUUGUAGAUGACAGCACCAAGAGCAUCCUCUUCAUGGGCAAGAUCGCCAAUCCUACAAAGUGAGGAUCUUGCUGGCCUUCUGCAUAAGACUGCUGAUCUUUGUCAAGAUAGUAUUGUAAACUACAAUACAUGUUUAUGAUGCUAAUAAAUUGAGUCAUGAUUCAAAAUA